CCUUUCUUAGCCACAACUCCCCUUUAGGUAUUGUUCCCUCUUAUUUGAAUAGGAGCUGACUUAGGGCACGUACUAUUUUGUGGUUGUAUUUGUGUAACAAGCACAGGGCUUGCCACAUGGUAAGAGCUUAAUGAAUGUUUUUCAUUUGUUUAUGUCAUUUAUUUAUUUGGAAAACUAGGAGAUUGGACUAUGAAGUUGCUAUGGUCCUUUCCAGUUCUACAUCCUCUAAUCCUAUGACCCUUGCCUUAGAAGUUAUGAUACCCAUAGAGGUCCUUGUGCAAAAUGUCCCAAUACACUGGUAGCUAGGGGCUAAUAUUGGCCCCAAAUUAGGGAACUACUAAUGUAAUCACAGAUGAGUAAGUGAGAAGCAGUUAGCUAAACAAAGGUCCCUGAUGACAAGGGUGGAGGGAGAGGUGGCACCGGGUUUGGUUGAGAAUGAAUCAGACCAUCCCACAGAAAGGGUGUUGCCAUCCUAAGAUGGACAAUUAAACACAGUAUAAAAAGCCCAGCAUCUCAGACACUUGGUACCCUGCAGGUCGCUUGAAUUUUCUUCCUGCUUGUUCCUUUGGUGAAUUAGGUUCACUGAAUUGUGCACCAAGAUGUCUCAACUCUUGACAAGCAUUACCACCAUCUUGGAUGUUUUCUAUCAAUAUUGUGGUGAAGACGAGGAGUGUGACACGAUGAGCCAAAGUGAACUGAAGAAAUUUCUGGAAAAUGAACUGCGCUUUAUUCUGAAGAAUCCAGAAGAUCCUGAUACUGUGGAUGUUAUCAUGCUUAAUAUGGAUCAAGAUCGGGAUAAGAGAGUGGACUUUCCUGAAUUCCUAUUGCUGAUAUUCAAGAUAACAAUGUCCUUCAACAAAGCCUUGAAGAGGAAAUACAUGCAAAGUAAAAAUAAUGGGGAGGAUGAGAAUGAAUCAGAAGAAGAGCAAGAAGAAGAAGAAGAAGGUAAAGGAUGGGACACAGAUUCCAGUAAUUCAACUUGGAAUAGUGAAAAAGAAUAUGGGACCUUCAGAACUGGUCAAUCGAAGAAAAAGCAGAAAGUCAGGGAUAGGGAGAGUGUGCAUAGAAGAGAAGAUUCUCAGGGCUUAGGAAAGAGAAAGAGCUCAGAGAAGAAACAUCACAGGACUGAGUCAAGCAAUACAGGAAGGAAUGAUGAAGAUGAAUAUAGAAUCAUUCCAAGAAAAUCUAAAGGAAAGAGGCAUAAUUCAGAGAAAAGCCCUUCCAAAAGACUUGGAAGAGAAGAAAGUGAAACAGACUCUGAGAAAUCAACUCAAAAGAGUGGGAAAAGAUAUAAAUCAAACAAAGCUCCAAAAAAAGGAUUUAAUACAGAAGAAAAUGAAUGUACAAAAAAGUGCCAUUUUGUGACUUUUGAAAGACAAAAGGGAAUUUACGACUUUUCGGGGUCUUCAAGAAAAGGGAAAGAUAGUGCCCUCCCUGAAUCUGGAUCAGAGUCAGAUUCAGGGUCUGGGAAACAGGGCUCAAGCUCAGGUCAAUCCUCCUCUCAGAGAAGACAGGGGUCCAGCUCAGGGAGGAAAUCAGACAGCUCUGGAGGGAAAGGACAUAGUUCUGGCUCCCAGCAGUCCUCCAGUUCUGGCAAGGAUGGGUCAGGAUCAGGGCGGUCAUCCAGCAGCCAUGGGCAUGGAUCCAGUUCAGGUGGCAAGUCAAGCAGUUCUGGAGGAAGAGGCCAUAGUUCCAGUUCCCAACAAUCCACCAGUUUGGGCCAACAUGGCUCACACUCUGGCUAUGGCUCUGACUCUGGCUCUGGCUCUGACUCUGGAUCUGGAUCUGGUUCUGACUCAGGCUCUGAAUAUGUCUCAGAUCAUGGCUCAGGUCAGUCUUCAGGCUCUAGGCAAGGGGGCUCUAGAUCACGUCAUUCUUCUAGCUCUGGGAAACAUGGUUCAAAGUCAGGGCAGUCAUCCUCUCACAGAAGACAGGGGUCCAGCUCAGGGAGGAAAUCAGACAGCUCUGGAGGGAAAGGACAUAGUUCUGGCUCCCAGCAGUCCUCCAGUUCUGGCAAGGAUGGGUCAGGAUCAGGGCGGUCAUCCAGCAGCCAUGGGCAUGGAUCCAGUUCAGGUGGCAAGUCAAGCAGUUCUGGAGGAAGAGGCCAUAGUUCCAGUUCCCAACAAUCCACCAGUUUGGGCCAACAUGGCUCACACUCUGGCUAUGGCUCUGACUCUGGCUCUGGCUCUGGCUCUGGAUCUGGUUCUGACUCAGGCUCUGAAUAUGGCUCAGAUUAUGGCUCAGGUCAGUCUUCAGGCUCUAGGCAAGGGGGCUCUAGAUCAGGUCAUUCUUCUAGCUCUGGGAAACAUGGUUCAAAGUCAGGGCAGUCAUCCUCUCACAGAAGACAGGGGUCCAGCUCAGGGAGGAAAUCGGACAGCUCUGGAGGGAAAGGACAUAGUUCUGGCUCCCAGCAGUCCUCCAGUUCUGGUAAGGAUGGGUCAGGAUCAGGGCGGUCAUCCAGCAGCCAUGGGCAUGGAACCAGUUCAGGUGGCAAAUCUAGCAGUUCUAAAGGACAAGGGCAGAAGUCCACUUCAGAAUGGUCCUCAUCUUUUGCCUCAGUAAGAUCCUCCUCAAUAGGAAGAACUAAAUCUCCUUCAAGAACAAAGUCAGGAAGCUCUGGAAGUAAAGGAGGUAGUUCCAGUUCCCAUCAGUCCUCCAGUUCUGUCAAGGAUAGGUCAGGAUCAGGACGGUCAUCAAGCAGCCAUGGGCAUGGAUCCAGUUCAAGUGGCAAGUCAAGCAGUUCAAGAGGAAGAGGCCAUAGUUCCAGUUCACAACAAUCCACCAGAUUGGGCCAACAUGGCUCACACUCUGGCUAUGGCUCUGACUCUGGCUCUGCCUCUGCCUCUGCCUCUGGCUCUGGCUCUGAAUCUGAUUUUGACUCAGACUCUGAAUAUGUCUCAGAUCAUGGCUCAGGUCAGUCUUCAGGCUCUAGGCAAAGGGGCUCUAGAUCAGGUCAUUCCUCUAGCUCUGGGAAACAUGGUUCAAAGUCAGGGCAGUCAUCCUCUCACAGAGGACAGGGGUCCAGCUCAGGGAGGAAAUCAGACAGCUCUGGAGGGAAAGGACAUAGUUCUGGCUCCCAGCAGUCCUCCAGUUCUGGCAAGGAUGGGUCAGGAUCAGGGCGGUCAUCCAGCAGCCAUGGGCAUGGAUCCAGUUCAGGUGGCAAGUCAAGCAGUUCUGGAGGAAGAGGCCAUAGUUCCAGUUCCCAACAAUCCACCAGUUUGGGCCAACAUGGCUCACACUCUGGCUAUGGCUCUGACUCUGGCUCUGGCUCUGGCUCUGGUUCUGAAUCAGGCUCUGAAUAUGUCUCAGAUCAUGGCUCAGGUCAGUCUUCAGGCUCUAGGCAAGGGGGCUCUAGAUCAGGUCAUUCUUCUAGCUCUGGGAAACAUGGUUCAAAGUCAGGGCAGUCAUCCUCUCACAGAGGACAGGGGUCCAGCUCAGGGAGGAAAUCAGACAGCUCUGGAGGGAAAGGACAUAGUUCUGGCUCCCAGCAGUCCUCCAGUUCUGGCAAGGAUGGGUCAGGAUCAGGGCGGUCAUCCAGCAGCCAUGGGCAUGGAUCCAGUUCAGGUGGCAAGUCAAGCAGUUCUGGAGGAAGAGGCCAUAGUUCCAGUUCCCAACAAUCCACCAGUUUGGGCCAACAUGGCUCACACUCUGGCUAUGGCUCUGACUCUGGCUCUGGCUCUGGCUCUGGUUCUGAAUCAGGCUCUGAAUAUGUCUCAGAUCAUGGCUCAGGUCAGUCUUCAGGCUCUAGGCAAGGGGGCUCUAGAUCAGGUCAUUCUUCUAGCUCUGGGAAACAUGGUUCAAAGUCAGGGCAGUCAUCCUCUCACAGAGGACAGGGGUCCAGCUCAGGGAGGAAAUCAGACAGCUCUGGAGGGAAAGGACAUAGUUCUGGCUCCCAGCAGUCCUCCAGUUCUGGCAAGGAUGGGUCAGGAUCAGGGCGGUCAUCCAGCAGCCAUGGGCAUGGGUCCAGUUCAGGUGGCAAAUCUAGCAGUUCUAAAGGACAAGGACAGAAGUCCACUUCGGAAUGGUCCUCAUCUUUUGCCUCAGUAAGAUCCUCCUCAAUAGGAAGAACUAAAUCUCCUUCAAGAACAAAGUCAGGAAGCUCUGGAAGUAAAGGAGGUAGUUCUAGUUCCCAUCAGUCCUCCAGUUCUGUCAAGGAUAGGUCAGGAUCAGGACGGUCAUCAAGCAGCCAUGGGCAUGGAUCCAGUUCAAGUGGCAAGUCAAGCAGUUCAAGAGGAAGAGGCCAUAGUUCCAGUUCACAACAAUCCACCAGAUUGGGCCAACAUGGCUCACACUCUGGCUAUGGCUCUGACUCUGGCUCUGCCUCUGCCUCUGCCUCUGGCUCUGGCUCUGAAUCUGAUUUUGACUCAGACUCUGAAUAUGUCUCAGAUCAUGGCUCAGGUCAGUCUUCAGGCUCUAGGCAAAGGGGCUCUAGAUCAGGUCAUUCCUCUAGCUCUGGGAAACAUGGUUCAAAGUCAGGGCAGUCAUCUUCUCACAGAGGACAGGGGUCCAGCUCAGGGAGGAAAUCGGACAGCUCUGGAGGGAAAGGACAUAGUUCUGGCUCCCAGCAGUCCUCCAGUUCUGGCAAGGAUGGGUCAGGAUCAGGGCGGUCAUCCAGCAGCCAUGGGCAUGGAUCCAGUUCAGGUGGCAAGUCAAGCAGUUCUGGAGGAAGAGGCCAUAGUUCCAGUUCCCAACAAUCCACCAGUUUGGGCCAACAUGGCUCACACUCUGGCUAUGGCUCUGACUCUGGCUCUGGCUCUGGCUCUGGUUCUGAAUCAGGCUCUGAAUAUGUCUCAGAUCAUGGCUCAGGUCAGUCUUCAGGCUCUAGGCAAGGGGGCUCUAGAUCAGGUCAUUCUUCUAGCUCUGGGAAACAUGGUUCAAAGUCAGGGCAGUCAUCCUCUCACAGAGGACAGGGGUCCAGCUCAGGGAGGAAAUCAGACAGCUCUGGAGGGAAAGGACAUAGUUCUGGCUCCCAGCAGUCCUCCAGUUCUGGCAAGGAUGGGUCAGGAUCAGGGCGGUCAUCCAGCAGCCAUGGGCAUGGAUCCAGUUCAGGUGGCAAGUCAAGCAGUUCUGGAGGAAGAGGCCAUAGUUCCAGUUCCCAACAAUCCACCAGUUUGGGCCAACAUGGCUCACACUCUGGCUAUGGCUCUGACUCUGGCUCUGGCUCUGGCUCUGGUUCUGAAUCAGGCUCUGAAUAUGUCUCAGAUCAUGGCUCAGGUCAGUCUUCAGGCUCUAGGCAAGGGGGCUCUAGAUCAGGUCAUUCUUCUAGCUCUGGGAAACAUGGUUCAAAGUCAGGGCAGUCAUCCUCUCACAGAGGACAGGGGUCCAGCUCAGGGAGGAAAUCAGACAGCUCUGGAGGGAAAGGACAUAGUUCUGGCUCCCAGCAGUCCUCCAGUUCUGGCAAGGAUGGGUCAGGAUCAGGGCGGUCAUCCAGCAGCCAUGGGCAUGGAUCCAGUUCAGGUGGCAAAUCUAGCAGUUCUAAAGGACAAGGACAGAAGUCCACUUCGGAAUGGUCCUCAUCUUUUGCCUCAGUAAGAUCCUCCUCAAUAGGAAGAACUAAAUCUCCUUCAAGAACAAAGUCAGGAAGCUCUGGAAGUAAAGGAGGUAGUUCCAGUUCCCAUCAGUCCUCCAGUUCUGUCAAGGAUGGGUCAGGAUCAGGACGGUCAUCAAGCAGCCAUGGGCAUGGAUCCAGUUCAAGUGGCAAGUCAAGCAGUUCUAGAGGAAGAGGCCAUAGUUCCAGUUCCCAACAAUCCACCAGUUUGGGCCAACAUGGCUCACACUCUGGCUAUGGCUCUGACUCUGGCUCUGGCUCUGGCUCUGAAUCUGAUUUUGACUCAGACUCUGAAUAUGUCUCAGAUCAUGGCUCAGGUCAGUAUUCAGGCUCUAGGCAAAGGGGCUCUAGAUCAGGUCAUUCUUCUAGCUCUGGGAAACAUGGUUCAAAGUCAGGGCAGUCAUCCUCUCACAGAAGACAGGGGUCCAGCUCAGGGAGGAAAUCAGACAGCUCUGGAGGGAAAGGACAUAGUUCUGGCUCCCAGCAGUCCUCCAGUUCUGGCAAGGAUGGGUCAGGAUCAGGGCGGUCAUCCAGCAGCCAUGGGCAUGGAUCCAGUUCAGGUGGCAAGUCAAGCAGUUCUGGAGGAAGAGGCCAUAGUUCCAGUUCCCAACAAUCCACCAGUUUGGGCCAACAUGGCUCACACUCUGGCUAUGGCUCUGACUCUGGCUCUGGCUCUGGCUCUGCCUCUGGAUCUGGAUCCGGUUCUGACUCAGGCUCUGAAUAUGGCUCAGAUCAUGGCUCAGGUCAGUCUUCAGGCUCUAGGCAAGGGGGCUCUAGAUCAGGUCAUUCUUCUAGCUCUGGGAAACAUGGUUCAAAGUCAGGGCAGUCAUCCUCUCACAGAGGACAGGGGUCCAGCUCAGGGAGGAAAUCAGACAGCUCUGGAGGGAAAGGACAUAGUUCUGGCUCCCAGCAGUCCUCCAGUUCUGGCAAGGAUGGGUCAGGAUCAGGGCGGUCAUCCAGCAGCCAUGGGCAUGGAUCCAGUUCAGGUGGCAAAUCUAGCAGUUCUAAAGGACAAGGGCAGAAGUCCACUUCAGAAUGGUCCUCAUCUUUUGCCUCAGUAAGAUCCUCCUCAAUAGGAAGAACUAAAUCUCCUUCAAGAACAAAGUCAGGAAGCUCUGGAAGUAAAGGAGGUAGUUCCAGUUCCCAUCAGUCCUCCAGUUCUGUCAAGGAUGGGUCAGGAUCAGGACGGUCAUCAAGCAGCCAUGGGCAUGGAUCCAGUUCAAGUGGCAAGUCAAGCAGUUCAAGAGGAAGAGGCCAUAGUUCCAGUUCACAACAAUCCACCAGAUUGGGCCAACAUGGCUCACACUCUGGCUAUGGCUCUGACUCUGGCUCUGCCUCUGCCUCUGCCUCUGGCUCUGGCUCUGGCUCUGGAUCUGAUUUUGACUCAGACUCUGAAUAUGUCUCAGAUCAUGGCUCAGGUCAGUCUUCAGGCUCUAGGCAAAGGGGCUCUAGAUCAGGUCAUUCCUCUAGCUCUGGGAAACAUGGUUCAAAGUCAGGGCAGACAUCCUCUCACAGAGGACAGGGGUCCAGCUCAGGGAGGAAAUCAGACAGCUCUGGAGGGAAAGGACAUAGUUCUGGCUCCCAGCAGUCCUCCAGUUCUGGCAAGGAUGGGUCAGGAUCAGGGCGGUCAUCCAGCAGCCAUGGGCAUGGAUCCAGUUCAGGUGGCAAGUCAAGCAGUUCUGGAGGAAGAGGCCAUAGUUCCAGUUCCCAACAAUCCACCAGUUUGGGCCAACAUGGCUCACACUCUGGCUAUGGCUCUGACUCUGGCUCUGGCUCUGACUCUGGAUCUGGUUCUGACUCAGGCUCUGAAUAUGGCUCAGAUCAUGGCUCAGGUCAGUCUUCAGGCUCUAGGCAAGGGGGCUCUAGAUCAGGUCAUUCUUCUAGCUCUGGGAAACAUGGUUCAAAGUCAGGGCAGUCAUCCUCUCACAGAGGACAGGGGUCCAGCUCAGGGAGGAAAUCAGACAGCUCUGGAGGGAAAGGACAUAGUUCUGGCUCCCAGCAGUCCUCCAGUUCUGGCAAGGAUGGGUCAGGAUCAGGGCGGUCAUCCAGCAGCCAUGGGCAUGGAACCAGUUCAGGUGGCAAAUCUAGCAGUUCUAAAGGACAAGGGCAGAAGUCCACUUCGGAAUGGUCCUCAUCUUUUGCCUCAGUAAGAUCCUCCUCAAUAGGAAGAACUAAAUCUCCUUCAAGAACAAAGUCAGGAAGCUAUGGAAGUAAAGGAGGUAGUUCCAGUUCCCAUCAGUCCUCCAGUUCUGUCAAGGAUGGGUCAGGAUCAGGACAGUCAUCAAGCAGCCAUGGGCAUGGAUCCAGUUCAAGUGGCAAGUCAAGCAGUUCUAGAGGAAGAGGCCAUAGUUCCAGUUCCCAACAAUCCACCAGUUUGGGCCAACAUGGCUCACACUCUGGCUAUGGCUCUGACUCUGGCUCUGGCUCUGGCUCUGAAUCUGAUUUUGACUCAGACUCUGAAUAUGUCUCAGAUCAUGGCUCAGGUCAGUCUUCAGGCUCUAGGCAAAGGGGCUCUAGAUCAGGUCAUUCUUCUAGCUCUGGGAAACAUGGUUCAAAGUCAGGGCAGUCAUCCUCUCACAGAAGACAGGGGUCCAGCUCAGGGAGGAAAUCAGACAGCUAUGGAGGGAAAGGACAUAGUUCUGGCUCCCAGCAGUCCUCCAGUUCUGGCAAGGAUGGGGCAGGAUCAGGGCGGUCAUCCAGCAGCCAUGGGCAUGGAUCCAGUUCAGGUGGCAAGUCAAGCAGUUCUGGAGGAAGAGGCCAUAGUUCCAGUUCCCAACAAUCCACCAGUUUGGGCCAACAUGGCUCACACUCUGGCUAUGGCUCUGACUCUGGCUCUGGCUCUGGCUCUGGAUCUGGUUCUGACUCAGGCUCUGAAUAUGGCUCAGAUCAUGGCUCAGGUCAGUCUUCAGGCUCUAGGCAAGGGGGCUCUAGAUCAGGUCAUUCUUCUAGCUCUGGGAAACAUGGUUCAAAGUCAGGGCAGUCAUCCUCUCACAGAGGACUGGGGUCCAGCUCAGGGAGGAAAUCAGACAGCUCUGGAGGGAAAGGACAUAGUUCUGGCUCCCAGCAGUCCUCCAGUUCUGGCAAGGAUGGGGCAGGAUCAGGGCGGUCAUCCAGCAGCCAUGGGCAUGGAACCAGUUCAGGUGGCAAGUCAAGCAGUUCUGGAGGAAGAGGCCAUAGUUCCAGUUCUCAACAAUCCACCAGUUUGGGCCAGCAUGGCUCACAUUCUGGCUAUGGCUCUGACUCUGGCUCUGGCUCUGGCUCUGGCUCUGGAUCUGGAUCUGAUUUUGACUCAGACUCUGAAUAUGGCUCAGAUUAUGGCUCUGGUCAGUCUUCAGGCUCUAGGCAAAGGGGCUCUAGAUCAGGUCAUUCCUCUAGCUCUGGGAAACCUGGUUCAAAGUCAGGGCAGUCAUCCUCUCACAGAGGACAGGGGUCCAGCUCAGGGAGGAAAUCGGACAGCUCUGGAGGGAAAGGACAUAGUUCUGGGUCACAGAAGUCUUCUACGUCAGGCAAAUCCAUUGUCUUCUUUUAGUUUGGCAGACACAGUAAAUCAAACACACCAUAUUUCUCUGAUUCUUCUUUGACAAAGGAAACACUUUUGGUUGGGCAUCUAUUCAUUUUACACUCUUUCAUAUAUUUUUGACAAUGAUUAUACCUUAAAUCACUGAUGGUGUUUUCUUAUUAAAGGCCAUUUUAAAACUGACCCUGAAUUAAGAGAAAAAAUUAAUUAUACAAGCCAUGACCAUGUCUUUCAUAACACUUCUGUAAUCAAAAUUAUCUUUUUAAAUCAUUCUUCAAUUCAACAUAAAAUUUUGUGAUUUUCCUUCUAUUUGUCUUUGAUUUCUUCUAGCUAUGCCAUUUCGUACUGUAUCUUAUAGCUUUCUUUAUUAGGACAUUGUGUGGGUAAUAAAUAAAAAGAGCUAAAUACAGUCUGCUAUUCAUUAGGAAACAAAGUUAGUAUAUUAAAUCCUUGACUUAACAAUGGAGUUUUUCUUCAUUAGGAAACAAUUCAUGGAACUGCAUUGUAGUUUUACAUUGAUAUUUUAUUUGUGCAAUAAUCUCCAGUGCGAAAAAGUUUGUUGAUUAGAUUCUCAGGCCUUAAAAAGUCAAAUUUGUUCUUACAUCACUACGUUCCCAAUCUAAUGCUAUUCCAUGGCAGAAUGGGUAUAGAUCGUAAAGGCAAGACUCAAUUUUCAAUGCUUUUUAAGCUCAUCAUUAUCACCAAAUCUUGACUCCUUAGAGCACCUUAGGCAAAUCAACAAUUUUUGAGUGGAAUUGAGACUGUCCUUCCUUAGAGAUUUAUAAUAUGGUUAUAUUUGAAAGGUAGAAAUUUUUUCCAUAUUAUUUCAAAGAGCAGAAAUGUUUCCUCUAACAACAAUAAAAAUUUUUCAUUCAGAAUCUUUUCUAGACUGUAAAGAAAUAUAUUGGACUAUUUCUCAACAUCUGAGGUUAGACUGCUUCUUUCUUUCACUAGCCUUUCCACAAAAGAGAAGGUUAUUUCUAAGGAGAAAUAUAUAUGUUACUUUUAUUUUAAUUCUUAUAAUUGACUCUGACAAUCUCAAGAUUAUUAUUGAUCUUUCCUUCCUUUAGGAUAUGUGAUGAAUUUUGAAAAUUGAAUUUCAUUAUAAUUGACAA